AUUUUAUGUUGGACGACAAGAUAUCAAGUAUUGUGUUUUACCUCUUCUUCCAACACGUUUGAAUAGGACGAAAUGUGUUUUCUUAGGUGAAUUAAUAUCGUGACCCAUAUAUAGUUUAUCCGAAGCUUCCAAGCUGACCUUCAUUGUUUUGUCGCGUGAUUACUGAGACAAGCUGUGAUUUCUCGGACUUUGAAUUCUUUAGCAAACUUCUCUAAAAAUACAGCACAUUUUUCUCCUAAAUAAUGUCGACACGCGGUAAUUACGCCUUGUCCGACUUUAUAAGACUGGAGAAAAUCGGCGAAGGAACAUACGGAGUGGUGUAUAAAUGUAAAAACAAAGUCAACGGUAAAUUUGCUGCACUUAAAAAGAUACGUCUCGAAAAUGACGAAGAGGGUGUUCCUUCGACGGCUAUUCGGGAAAUAUCACUCCUAAAAGAAUUACAACAUCCUAACAUUGUGAAUCUCGAGCAGGUAAUCAUGGAGAAUGGAAGACUAUACUUAGUUUUUGAGUACCUAAAUUUGGAUUUAAAACGCUACUUGGAUGACAGUGGAAGAAAAAACUUACUCGAACCUGGUAUUGUUAAGAGCUUCAUGUAUCAAAUGCUGCAAGGUCUAUUGUUUUGUCACGGCAGGCGAGUUAUUCACAGGGAUCUAAAGCCCCAAAAUAUCCUGGUUGAUAUUGGAAGAAAAAUUGUCAAACUUGCAGAUUUCGGUUUGGCUCGUGCUUUUGGAAUUCCUGUUCGUGUACUAACUCAUGAGGUUGUUACUUUAUGGUAUCGAGCUCCAGAAAUCUUGCUUGGGGCUCAAAGGUAUUCUUGUGCCGUAGAUAUUUGGUCUAUGGGCUGUAUCUUUUCUGAGGUUUCAACAAAAGAAGCUUUAUUUCGAGGAGAUUCGGAAAUAGAUCAACUUUUUCGCAUUUUCCGGCUCCUUGGUACGCCAUCAGAAGAAGUUUGGCCAGGAGUUUCAAGUUUACCGGAAUAUCAAAAGAAAAGUUUUCCUGUUUGGCGCAAUUCAAAGUUGUCUAUUCAAGAUAAUAUAGCUAAAGCCUUCACCAGUCCUGGUCUUGAUUUGCUUCAGGCCAUGCUGAUCUAUGAACCUUCGCGACGUAUUACUGCAAGGGAUGCUCUCUUGCAUCCUUAUUUUUCUGACUUGGACAAAUCUCUUGUGCCAGCAACUGGUGAAGAGUACAUUGGUUUGCCAUUAGACCAGUUACCCCGUGAAGUUGCUGCUAUAUUUCUAGCAGAUGGCGGUGAAGUAUACCAUAAUUCCAACGAUACAGAAAAUAAUACUAGCAAUUUAUGUAUCGCCGUCCAACCUGAUACCGUACAAUUGGGAAGUGCAGCAAUCCCUACAGCGAAAUAUUUGGCUGACUGCAAAAAGCAAGCUCAUCAAACAGUAGGUGCAGUAAAUUCCAAGUCCAGUCACCAUGUGGCACCGUUGGCAGAUAAUCACGAAACUAAUAUGUCAAUUAGCUAGUCACUAAAACCAGUCAGAAUUUAGCUUUCUCAUUUGCCACAAACCGCCAGUUAUUUUCUAAUUUUGUCAUUAUUAUUCCAUUUUCUAUUACUAUGUAAAUGUUAUCCCGAUUAUAUAAGUUGUUAGUGCGUUUUUGUGUUUGUUUCAUAAUUUUUUGUAAUAAAUAUUGCGUACUUCUAACUACUAUUUUAAUGCGUAAUCACUAAAAAUCUAACUAAUUAUUCACUUUAAUUGGAAAAACCUAUAGUUGCAUUGUAUUUCUCGAUUGCUAAAAAUGUGCCAGAACUUACUAUUUGGUUCCUAAAUAUUUUGCCACAAGUUAAUCUCCAUCAGCCGACCAGUACUCACUUUGUCCUACCCACGCAAAAUUCAAAACCCCUAACUAAUGUAGCUUUCCUACCUAUCAUUUACAUUGAAAAUUUGUUUACCAUACAACUACAACGUUAGUAAGUCGUAUCAUUUAUAGAAUGCUAUUCCCUGAAGUAGUUUAUCGGUGCAGUGGUCAGACUGGUGUUUUUUGUUGGGUUUGAGUCUUCAGAACCCCCUAUAACCAGGAUUUGGGAAUUUUUAGGUACAUAAUCCAGAACAGGUUGUAAUGCAGAGUAGUUUGCUUUUUGUUUCCUCUGUACCUUGAUUAGUAUUAUGUCAUAAUUUUGAUUACUUGGGUUCAUUUUCCGCUGCCUUUUUGGCUCUUAGUGCUUUAUUUGUUAAUUUCCACUCACUAUUCUGGGAUGUAUUGCAUCAAUACUCAUUUUUAUGUUAGGUGGUGCAUUUAUUUUUAUUUUUUGUUUCUUGUGAGAAAGUACCUCAUAAAGUACUUCAACAUCAAAUAAUAUUCAUGGUAAGAUUAUCCUCAACUACUUGCUGCCAUCAUGAAGUGACAUAGCGUUGGUCCGUUUUCGUGAAUUAAGGUAUCAUCAGUAAUCUAGUAGGGUGAAUUUCUUUCAUAGUGAUCCACAUUCAUGUUAGGUCCAUUUAUCUGUGACUAAAUAUAUCUGUCUAACCCUUUGUUUUCCAAUCAAGUCCAAUCUAUUCCAAACACAUCCCGUCGUUUAAUGAAACAUUUGACGUAGUUGUACCUAACUCAAAUAAUUGUCCUUAACAUAAUAAUAUCAUGAAUAAAAUGGUGCGCCGAACGACUGCCUCAAGCAUAGGAGAAAGCUUGGAACAUACGGAGGGUUUCAUUAAAAGACUCAGACCUUGACCUAUAUAUAAGAUCAAGGGACAGGUGCAGUCUACGGGCAAGGAAGAGGGGGAGGUACGUCUUCCCAACAUAAACCUAGCAGUGAAGUAGGUAGGUACACAGCACCUGUAUAAAUUGAUGU